CGCGCUUCGAGCAGCAAGCCCGCCGCCAACAUCCGCGCCUUGCCGAGCGGCGAGCGAGCGACAGACAGUCAGUUCGGCGCCGACACUCGCCACGCGCACACGUUUGAUCAAAAAAUGGCUGCCGCCCACACACACUCGGCUACUGUGCCCUCUGACCGCCGCCCUGAGGGACGUGCCGGUUCCCGACGCAUUUUCCCACCACAAUUUAAGUUGCAAGUACUUGAAGCAUACAGACGAGAUGCCCAAUGUCGCGGUAAUCAACGAGCUACUGCCAGAAAGUUUGGAAUCCACAGACGACAGAUUCAGAAGUGGCUUCAAGCUGAGCCCUCACUGCGAGCCGCUCUGCUGAGGAGAGCUCCACAACCAGCGCCAUCACCUCCGCCAUACGCAGCUGGUUCUCCGGAAAGUGCCCGUCUGCCGUCACCACCACCUGCAGCGCUUCCCACGCUAGUGCAAGUGCCAACACCCGUACAAGUGCCCACGCCACUACAGGUGCCUACGCCGAUACCAGUGCCUAUGCCUGUAGCGCUGCCCAUUGAUGUGCCUAUAGACUUAUCGGUACGCAGACCGUCACCACCACCAGCACCACAACCAAAUCACGUAUAUCCUACUGUGCCAGAAACACCAAGAAAACCGUUCAAACUAUUCCGACCAUAUCUGGAUGAAGACGAAGAAGACAAGCGACCAGCGGUAGCGUCGCUGCCGGUAACCAGCGGCGUGCACGUGUCCGCGUUCGUGCCAGUGCAGAGCGCGGCCGGAUGCGCGUUGGCCGCAUGCCCCGCACCACGUUGGUGCGCACCUAUGCCCUCCUUUCCAGCUCCUCUCAGAUGAGAGCAUGCCUCAGGGGCUCAGCCCCGAAACUACUGUGAUCUAGUCGCUGACGCCUGGCUGGCGCCGCCCGGGGCGUAGCCCUCCAUCAUCGUGCCUUAUUGUACACGUCGCCAUAGUGCAUUAUGCCAUCAUCUAGAUGAUAGCUUAUUUUUGUGUAUAAAAUAUAAGAUUGUAUUUUUAUAUGUGGGGUUUAUGAAGCAAGCAUAUGGAGAAUGAAUAUUAUAACGAUUUAUUAUUAUUAUAAUA